CGCCGCAAGAGCGUUGGGCGCGAGUCAAACCAACAAAGCAGCCCCCCGCAUGGGAUGGUCUGGAUGGGAUCGGCGCUGCUUGCUGCAAAGGCGAGGCUGCAUCGUUGAUUCUCUUAAAAGCGGAGGUGCUGCAUGCUACGCUGGAACAAGCUUCCCCCCAGCCUCGAAGAUCUCUUCCCCUCUUUUUUUCCUGUUGGUCCUACAGAUCGCAGCAUUCUUGGCAUCGUUUCAUUGCAUUUUCUUCGAAAUACUCACUGUAUUGCUGCCCUGCAGUUACAACGUGUGCAAUCAUGAGCGAGGAGAAGCACGCUGCUGUGGCGGCGGAUCAGGUCUCCCAGAGUUCGCAAGAUCGCGCCAACGCCACGAUUCAGCUCGCUCACGAUUCCGGUGAACAGAAGCUGUCGCCAUGGACGCCUUCCAUGUUUCGCCUCUACGCGGUCCUUGCCGUUGCCUAUCUUUGCGGCUGCUUGAACGGUUAUGAUGGCUCACUCAUGGGUGGAAUCAACGGCAUGAAGUCGUAUCAAAACUACUUUGGAGCUGAAAUCGAUGGUUCGCCUACCGGCAUCACCUUUGCUAUGUACAACAUUGGCUCCGUUGCCGCCGUCUUCUUCACCGGCCCCGUCAACGAUCUCUUUGGCCGACGCUGGGGCAUGUUCACUGGCGCCUUGUUGGUUGUCAUUGGUACUGCUAUCCAAGCCCCAUCUACCGGUCGCGGCCAGUUUUUGGCUGGUCGCUUCGUCCUCGGCUUUGGUGUAAGCUUCUGCUGCGUCUCUGCUCCAUGCUACGUCAGUGAGAUGGCUCAUCCGCGAUGGAGAGGCACCUUGACUGGUCUCUACAACUGCACAUGGUACAUUGGUAGUAUUAUUGCCAGUUGGGUCGUUUACGGCUGCGCAUACUGGGACAGCCUGGACGCUUGGCGAAUUCCAUUCUGGUGCCAGCUCAUUACGUCUGGCAUCGUCAUCAUCUUUGUCUUCUUCCUACCCGAAUCCCCCCGAUGGCUUGUCGCUCAGGAUCGCCACGAGGACGCUGCUCGAGUCUUGGCCAAGUACCAUGGUGAAGGCUCGGUACAGCAUGCCAUGGUGAAGCUUCAGCUUGAGGAAAUGACCGCGCAGAUCUCGGCCGAGGCCUCGGAUAAGAAAUGGUGGGAUUAUAGUGAGCUGUGGAACACCCGUAGUGCCCGCAGACGUCUCAUCUGUGUUCUUGGCAUGGCCGUCUUUGGUCAAAUCAGUGGCAACAGCUUGACCUCGUACUAUCUGGCCGCCAUGCUGUCCAAGGCAGGAAUCACGGAAGAGCACACAGUUCUGGCUCUUAACGGUAUUAACCCUGUGCUCUCAUUCUUUGGUGCAAUUUUGGGUGCUCGCAUGACUGAUGUUAUCGGUCGUCGACCAUUGCUUCUCUACACCAUUGUAUUUGCGUCUGUCUGCUUUGCUAUCAUCACCGGAACAAGCAAGUUGGCUGGUGGAAACACUGACGGUGUAGGCAGCUCUUCGGCAGCCAACACUACUGUUGCGUUCAUCUUCAUUUUUGGCAUUGUCUUUUCCUUUGGCUGGACCCCUCUUCAAUCCAUGUACAUUGCCGAGACUCUUCCCACCUCAACACGAGCCAAGGGAACCGCGCUGGGCAACUUUGCCAGCUCUGCAGCAUCUGCCGUCAUCCAGUACAGCAGUGGUCCUGCUUUCAAGAACAUUGGGUACUACUUUUACCUGGUGUUUGUCUUUUGGGAUCUCUUUGAAGCCGUCAUCAUCUACUUCUUCUGGCCCGAGACCAAGGACCGCACGCUGGAGGAGCUUUCCGAGGUGUUUGAGGCUCCAAACCCCGUCAAGAAGAGUUUGGAGAAACGCAGUGCACAGACUGUGCUCAAUACGGUUGGCGUCCGACACAGCGAGAAGCUCCCUGCUUACGACGUUUGAUUUUAUUUUGAGUUUGCGCUAUGUAACCGCUUACAGACAGUAGUAUACGUUUUUGACUCGAGCCCAAAUUGCGCCUGUGUUGAAUAUUUUACGCGUGUCAAAAAAAAAAAUACGCGAAUGUUUUUAUAUUUUGGCUAAGUAAUAUAUCAAUCUAAAUCUCAUUUUAC